GCACAGGCCCUUGUGCUGUUCAUCUUUAUUCUUGUCUUGUAGAAUGCAGAACCUUUCCAAGUUACUGUCCGAGAAGACAAUUGUAUCAUUGUCUCCCUGGAAGCAUCUGAUGUGGUGAGCUCAUCCUCUGUAUAUGUUGUGAAGAUAGCUGGAGAAUCCAAGAACUACUUUUUCCAGUUUGAAGAAUUCAAUAGCACUUUACCUGCCCCUGUGGUUUUUAAUGCCAAAUACCAUGGCCUAUAUUACAUAGUAACUCUGUUGGUAGUGAACUCAAAUAUGGUUUCCAAGUCAGCGAGAUCAAUCACUGUGUUAACCAAACCCCUUCCUGUGAGCAGUGUUUCUAUCUAUGAUUACAAACCAUCUCCAGAAACAGGAGUGUUGUUUGAAAUUCAGUACCCAGAGAAGUACAAUGUUUUUACCAGGGUAAAUAUAAGCUAUUGGGAAGGAAAAGACUACCGAACAAUGCUGUACAAAGAUUUCUUUAAAGGUAAAACAGUUUUCAAUCACUGGCUACCAGGUAUAUGCUACAGUAACAUCACAUUUCAGUUGGUAUCAGAAGCAACCUUCAACAAAAGCACGCUAGUGGAAUACAGCGGGGUCCAGCAUGAGCCCAAACAGCACAGAACAGUUCCUUACCCACCUCGAAACAUUUCUGUUCAGAUUAUACCGAUCAACAGAAACAACUGGGAAGAGCACAGUGGGAAUUUUGCAGAAGAAUCAUUCAUGGGACCACGAGAAAUCAUAAGGAAAGAAAAACUUACCCAUUUAUCUGAUAACCCACUUGAAAUUCCAGCAGCAAACACAUCUGCAGCCUGGCCAGACUACCGCUAUAACAGCACUGAGUACGAAACCACGUCGCAGCCAUACUGGUGGUCUAACGAAGCUGAGUCAUCAGAGGGUGCAGAGGAGUUUGUCAAUGCAGUUGCCAGUGAUUACGAGGCCAAUGAUGUCAACACAUCUGGAAAAUUCACACCAGAGCCCCCUUCCUUCCUUCCUGUACAAAUGGUGCUGACCUGGUUACCACCAAAGCCACCUACUGCGUUUGAUGGGUUCCAUAUCAAUAUUGAAAGGGAAGAGAACUCCACGGAAUUUUUGACAGUAAGUGAGGACACUCACAAAUUUGUUGCUGAACUAAGAGAACCAGGAAAAUAUAAGUUGUCUGUAACAACAUUUAGCUCCUCUGGCUCUUGUGAAGUUCGGGGAAGUCAAUCGGCAAAAACACUUAGCUUUUACAUCAGCCCCACAGGUGAGUGGAUAGAAGAGCUCACUGAAAAGCCCCAGCACGUAACUGUGACGGUGCUAAGCUCCACUACUGCCCUGACAUCCUGGACAACAUCACAAGAGAGUGGAGGCAAUAGCACCAUCGUGUCUGUGGUCUCCCUGACCUGUCAGAAGCAAAAGGAAAGUCAAAGGCUUGAAAAACACUACUGCACUGAGGUGAAUUCAAGCAGCAGCCUUAUUGAAAAUCUUGUUCCUGGUGCCCAGUACCAAGUUGUGGUUUACUUACGGAAAGGACCGUUGGUUGGACCACCCUCUGAUCCUGUUACAUUUUCCAUUGUGCCCACUGGAAUAAAGGAUCUGACACUUUACCCUUUGGGACCUACUGCUGUGGUUUUGAGCUGGAACAGACCUUUCCUUGGGGUGUUCAGGAAAUACGUUGUAGAAAUGUUUUACUUCAACCCAUCAACGAUGACCUCUGAGUGGACAACCUACUAUGAGAUAGCAGCAACCAUCUCCUUAACUGCCUCCGUGAGAAUAGCUAACCUGCUGCCUGCUUGGUAUUACAAUUUCCGGGUCACCAUGGUGACUUGGGGGGACCCAGAGCUGAGCUGCUGUGACAGCUCCACAAUCAGCUUCAUAACAG